GGCAGUACAAGCCGAGCAGGGUGCUCGCACGGCACGUCGACUGGAAAAAAAACAUUCUGUAGAUCCUUGAGAGAAAGGGUUUUCCAUUGUGCCCCGGACGCGGGAGAUGAUGCCGCCUUAAUUGGAUCAACAAACGGAUAGGACAUCCUCGAGCACGCGCAAGGAAAAAAAAAAAAAAAAAGAAAAAGAAAAGGAGGCCAAAGGCUCGUUUAAUUAGCCCACUCGUAGCUGCACGAGCAGCACAGAAAUAGCAGAGACGGGAGCGAGAGAUCCACGCGCGAGAUGAGGCCGCCGCGAGCGCAAGUGGAACAGAUCGCCGUGCGGUCAGCCGGCAGCGACAAGCGAGAGCAGUAGGUGGGUAAGAACCAGCAGUCGACGCGGUGGAGGUGGACGCCAAAGGGGCGGUGGAGGGGGAGGAGCAGGACACAGGAUGGAGCCACGGCUGCUCCUGCUUCUGCUGCUCCUACUCGGGGCGCGUCGGGCACGGGCCCUCGCCGUCAAAACCAAGCUCAACCCGAGGAUCGUGCAGACCAGAUACGGCAAAAUACAGGGGCUGAUCGUGUCGUUCGAGAACAGCAAGUACCUCAAGCCGAUAGACGCGUACCUCGGAGUGCCGUACGCGACCCCACCGACCGGCGGCAACCGGUUCUCCCCGACGCGGGCGCCGAGCCCCUGGGACGGAAACAAGAUGGCGGACAAGCUGGGCCCGGUCUGUCCGCAAAAGCUGCCAGACAUCUCGGACGAGCAGGAGGUGCUCAACCACAUGCCGAGGGGCAGGCUCGAGUAUCUCAAGAGGACACUGCCCCAUCUGCGCAAUCAGAGCGAGGACUGCCUCCACCUGAACAUUUAUGCCCCGGCCAUGGGGCAGUCGGAGAGCGGGAGGCGGCACUCGGUGCUGGUGUUCGUCCACGGGGAGAGCUACGACUGGGGUAGCGGCAACACGUACGACGGCUCGGUCCUGGCGAGCACGAGCGAGGUGGUCGUCGUGAGCCUCAACUACCGGCUGGGCGUGCUGGGCUUCCUCAACGCCAACGUGUCGCCCCACACCAAGGCCCGAGUGGCCAAUUACGGCCUCAUGGACCAGAUAGCGGCCCUCCACUGGCUCCAGCAGAACAUCGAGUACUUUGGGGGCGACCCGAACAACGUCACGCUCAUGGGACAGGGCACUGGUGCCGCCUGCGUCAACUUUCUCGCCAUCAGCCCGACCGUCAUGCCCGGUCUAUUCAAGAGGGCGAUCCUGUUGUCGGGGAGCGCGCUCUCGUCGUGGGCUGUGGUGGAGGAGCCGUCCUCGUACGCCCUGAAGCUCGCCCGGGAGGUGAACUGCUCGAUACCCGGUGACCUGCUGAGGGACCACGAGCUCCUGGUCGACUGUCUUCGGGAGAGCAGCCUCGAUGCCCUCCAGCGCGCCGACAUCCGGGCCCCGGCCUUCCUCAGCGCCUUCGGGCCCAGCGUCGACGGCGUCGUCAUAAAGCCCGACUUUCAAAAGGACCUGCUCUCCUACCUCGGCCCCGAGUACCAGUACGGAUACGGGGUCCAGUCGAAGAAAACCGAGCACGGCGAGGCCAUAACGAGCAACAACAAGUACGAUUUGUUAUUCGGGGUGACAACGAGUGAGGCCCUCGGGAGAUUCGCCGAGCGAGACAUACAGAAGGGCUUCGAGGGCGAACGCCGGGACAGAAUUAUAAGGACCUACGUGAGAAACGCCUACACGUAUCACCUCACCGAGAUAUUUUACACGAUAGUGAACGAGUACACGGACUGGGAGCGGACGGUGCAGCACCCGAUGAACACGCGGGACGCUUGCGUCCAGGCCCUCAGCGACGCCCAGUUCGUAGCGCCGCUCGUCCAGACCGGCGACCUCUUCACCCUCAGGCACGCAAAGAGGCCGAGCGGAGGGCACGCCUCGACCUCGGCCCACGACACCAGUGCCGCCGAUAGGGAACCCUCGCCCAAGACCUACUUCUACGUCUUUGACUACCAGAUGAAGGACGGCGACUACCCCCAGCGGAUGGGCUCGGUGCACGGCGAGGAGCUGCCCUUCGUCUUUGGCGCGCCAUUAGUCGAAGGAUUCGGCCACUUUCCCAGGAACUACACGAAGCCGGAGCUCGUGCUCUCGGAGAGCAUAAUCCAGUACUUUGCCAACUUUGUGAAGACCGGUAAUCCAAACGCGGCGGAGCACAGCCACGGCAAGAACGAGGCCGUAUUGCCAGUAACCCGAGAAAAGAGUCGUUUUCGUGGCAUCACGUGGGAACAGUACUCCCCCGUGCACCAGAAAUACUUGGAGAUCGGUCUCAAGCCAAAGAUGAAGAACCACUUUCGGGCGCACCAGCUGUCGGUGUGGCUGAGGCUGGUGCCCGACCUCCAGCGGGCGGGUAUGGUGGACGUCGAGCCGCGGCACAACUUGUUCCGAGGCUAUGCCGACCCGAACCUCUACGACGGCCUCGUGAGGCCCGACCCCCUCAGCAGGGUAGCCGGUCCCACCGAGACCGCCACCUCCUCUGCCCGCUACCCCAGGAACUCGACGACCGAGGCGCCCACGACCACCGACUACAGCCUCACCACCUGCGUCAGCCUCAUCCAGAGCACCAACAUCCAGAACAUCCACAACGCCAGCACGGACACCCUCGCCAGCCUCGACGCCGCCGGGUACGCGGCGUACUCGACGGCCCUGAGCGUGACGAUAGCGAUAGGCUGCAGCCUGCUGAUACUGAACGUCCUGAUAUUCGCGGGAGUGUACUACCAGCGGGACAAGACGCGCCUCGAGGCCAAGAGCCUGCAGCAACAGCAGAUGAUGAACCAACAGUGUGGGCCCCGGGGCUUCAACGAGCUCAAGCAGCCACCCCCGCCCCCACCGCCCCACACGCACUACCCGGUUGGCGGUCAGGUGAUCGUCGACGUCGAGAACGAGAUGCUCCGCAGGAACGUGGUGAAACAGAUGGCCCCGGGGGAGACGAACAUGCUCCUGCAGCAGACGCAGAUGACGCACACGCUGCCGCACCCGCACCACUACCAGAAGCAACACCAGACCCAGCACUCGACGCUGCCUCGGGGCUCGGUGCUGCCCGACAUAAGCAGCACCCAACAGAAUCAGGGACCGAACGGCUCGAUCUACUUGGCGGUGCCACGAGCACCACCACCACCGCGAGCCAAGAGCCCACCGGAGAACCAGCCGCUGUUGAAUCAGUGCACCGCGAAUAACCGGGUCCAACAUCCCAUGCACAUGAGCGUCGACAGUGAGAUGCGCGUAUGA